UGCAAGUCCAGGAGGGAAGGCCGCAAGCCCGUCUAGCAGCUGGAGCGUGUUGUGGUAGCUGCUUUCCUGUUUCAACAGAAGAGGCAGAGCAACAAGAGAUAACAAAGGCUCCGUUUCCUUUCUGUGAGAGAAGGCUUUUGUCUUUCCUCCCGCAACGAUGUCAAUGUCUGGCAAGAAAGAGUUUGAUGUGAAACAGAUCCUACGGCUGCGCUGGAGGUGGUUUAGUCAUCCUUCUCCGGGCUCUCCCAACACUGGAAACUGCCUUCAGCAGGAAGGAUAUGAGCAUAGACGGACCCCGGUUCAGGGCAGGUUGAAGAACCACUCUCGGGACAGGAACGGACUGAAGAAAAGCAACAGUCCGGUCCACAACAACUCACUGGCACCCGUGCCAGGACCGGCCCCUGCCCACCAGAGCCCUCUUCAGAAUUGGCAUCCACAGAACCUGCUAGAACAUCUUGGAGCCAAUGAAGAUACUCCUAAAGCUGCUCCAGAGGAGAAUUUUUUCCAAAGGGCUUGUGAGAAACCCUCACAAGAUUUGGACAUGAUGGCUGAUGACAGUCCAGAAGAUUCCCCAGCAAGAUUACGUAAACAGCAUCCUGAAGAAAUGAAUGUUAGCAUCUGCGAAGAGCACUUCCAGGCUGCCAACCAUGCAGAGCAAACUCUUCAUAAAAUGGAGAACUACCUGAAAGAGAAACAGCUGUGUGAUGUGCUCCUCAUUGCUGGACACCUCCGAAUCCCAGCUCAUCGGUUGGUUCUCAGUGCAGUGUCUGACUAUUUUGCUGCAAUGUUUACUAAUGACGUGCUUGAAGCCAAACAAGAAGAGGUCAAAAUGGAAGGAGUUGACCCCAAUGCACUUAAUUCCUUGGUGCAGUAUGCUUACACAGGUGUCCUCCAACUGAAGGAAGAUACAAUUGAAAAUUUGCUGGCUGCAGCCUGUCUCCUGCAGCUGACUCAAGUCAUUGAAGUCUGCUCCAAUUUUCUCAUAAAGCAGCUCCAUCCUUCAAACUGCUUAGGGAUCCGAUCAUUCGGAGAUGCCCAGGGUUGCACAGAGCUCCUAAGUGUGGCACAUAAGUACACAAUGGAACACUUCAUCGAGGUAAUAAAGAACCAAGAAUUCCUCCUGCUUCCAGCUAAUGAAAUCUCCAAACUUCUGUGCAGUGACGAUAUUAAUGUGCCUGAUGAAGAAACCAUUUUCCAUGCUCUGAUGCAGUGGGUGGGGCACGAUGUCCAGGCUAGGCAGCAAGACCUCGCCAUGCUGCUUUCUUACAUCCGAUUGCCCUUACUUCCUCCACAGUUACUGGCAGAUCUUGAAAAUAGCUCCAUGUUUACUGGUGAUCUUGAAUGUCAGAAGCUCCUGAUAGAAGCUAUGAAGUAUCACCUCUUACCCGAGAGAAGACCCAUGAUGCAAAGCCCUCGGACCAAGCCCAGAAAAUCAACUGUGGGGGCACUUUAUGCUGUGGGAGGCAUGGAUUCUAUGAAAGGUACCACUACGAUUGAAAAAUACGACCUCAGGACCAAUAGCUGGCUACAUAUUGGCACCAUGAGUAGCCGCAGGCUUCAGUUUGGAGUUGCAGUUAUUGAAAAUAAGCUCUAUGUCGUGGGAGGAAGAGAUGGUUUAAAAACUUUGAAUACUGUAGAAUGUUUUAAUCCAGUUGGAAAAAUCUGGACUGUGAUGCCUCCCAUGUCAACCCAUAGACAUGGCUUAGGUGUAGCCACACUGGAAGGACCAAUGUAUGCUGUUGGUGGUCAUGAUGGAUGGAGCUACCUAAACACUGUAGAAAGAUGGGAUCCUGAAGGCCGUCAGUGGAAUUAUGUAGCCAGUAUGUCAACUCCUAGGAGCACAGUGGGUGUUGUUGCAUUAAACAACAAGCUGUAUGCUAUUGGUGGACGCGAUGGAAGUUCCUGUCUCAAAUCAAUGGAAUACUUUGACCCGCACACUAACAAGUGGAGUCUAUGUGCUCCAAUGUCCAAAAGACGUGGAGGUGUGGGAGUUGCAACGUACAAUGGAUUCUUAUAUGUUAUCGGUGGUCAUGAUGCCCCUGCUUCUAACCAUUGCUCCAGGCUUUCUGACUGUGUGGAACGGUAUGAUCCCAAACAUGACUCGUGGUCAACUGUGGCUCCUCUGAGUGUUCCGAGAGACGCUGUUGCCGUGUGCGCCCUGGGAGACCAACUCUUUGUGGUUGGAGGAUAUGACGGGCAUUCUUAUCUGAAUACUGUUGAGUCAUACAAUGCACAGAAAGAUGAAUGGAAACAGGAAGUUCCUGUUAACAUCGGAAGAGCUGGUGCUUGUGUUGUAGUGGUGAAGUUACCAUAGAGCCAUCUCAUCAAAGGGAGGAAAACUGGAUAACUUUAAGAAAUAGAGUAGGAAGAAGAUAAAAGGAAAAAACAUGUUAUUUGCUUCAAUUUGUAAUCAAACAUGAAAAUCCUUAUGUCAUUUUAAUGUGUAGUUAUGAUUGCUCUCAUUUGUGAAGGCAAAACAAACUUGAAACAUGAAUUACAUAUAGGAAGUUAAGCAUACGUGUUGUUAUGGCUGGUAGUAUACAUGGAAAUCUACUUCUCUAAGUUUAGCCUCAUUACUUAAAAGUAUUUAAACAAAAUUAACAGUUGCCAAGCUACGAAAGGUUAUAAAAGCAUUAUAAAUUUUUAAGUUAAGAGUCUGAGAAACUAAAAAUAGUUUCUAUUUCAAAAAAACAGGUACUCUAUUAUCUGGAACAUAACUAAAAUAAAAGAAAACCUCUAAAGCUUAAAAUAUAAGGUCUGAUUUCAUUCUCUUAUUCAAACAAUAUCCCAAGUGGCUUUGUAAUACCUCACAUCUAUUAAUAGGAAACCUUUCACUAUGUUGGUGAAGGGAAAAAACACAUGAAAAACUGCCUGGUAUAAUUUCUUAUACACAGAAUGUUAAAAGUGUUUACAGAUUUACUCUUUUAUAGUUCCAUCUUCCAAAGCACCCAGAUAAAUGUGGUAUCCCUUAACAUGUUGUCUUGUUAGAUGUGUGACAAUUAAAAUGUGGCUGUACUUUCAUCUGCACAGUCUGUACAAUAAUUUGAUGAAUAUUUAUUACAUUGAUACAAACUGUGACCUCCACUGAGAGUGUCAGGGCCUCAGUUGUAUAGAAAGUAAUAUUCUCUUCAUACAGUUCUGUAACCUCUGUCAACACCUAUCAUUAAGUUUAACAUUUCCAAAAUCAGUUUUUAACAGUAAAAUUGAGAAUGUAUUCUACAGUAUUAACACAUGGAGACACAAAAACAUUUGACAUCCAUGGUUAUUUCUUCAUUUACCUUUUAUGUAACAAUACAUGCUUUUCUGUCAUUGUUAUAGACAUCUAGUAGAAAAUACUAAGGAUGUGCACAGUACAAUAAACAUUUUUAAAUUAAAAAAUAACAAAAAAGGUUAGUUGGAUAGCCCUUUACCUUUAAAAUUUUAUUUGCAUUUAUUCCAUUAUAAAAAUAUCUAAGAUAAAAUGUUGAAAAAAACUUCUUCAUGAAAGUGACUUUUCAAAUAAAUGUACAAUUUCAGAACUUCUGCUAUAUGUUCUUUUAAAUAGUCUCUGUAUUGUAGUAUGUGAAACCAACAAGAAAAAUGCAGAGAGAUGCUUAUAAAAUGUACUAUUACAUGCUAAGUUUUCAAAAAUAGGGCAACAUAAG